GGCGCGGGCGAAAUGGCGGCGGGCAAGAGGAAGCGCGGCGGCCCGGCGGCGCGGCCCGAGAAGCGAGCCAAGCGAGCUGCGGGCGCGCCCGAGCCCGGUGCCACGCCGGGUCCGGAGGAGUACAGCGUCCCGCCGCCCGUCUCCCAGGGCAAAUGGAAAAACAAGGAGCGAGUGCUUAUUUUCUCUUCUCGUGGAAUUAAUUUCAGAACAAGGCACCUAAUGCAAGACUUAAGAACGCUGAUGCCUCAUUCUAAAGCAGAUACUAAAAUGGACCGUAAAGACCAGUUGUUUGUAAUUAAUGAGGUGUGUGAAAUGAAAAACUGCAAUAAGUGCAUCUUCUUUGAAGCCAAAAAGAAACAGGAUCUUUAUAUGUGGCUUUCAAAUACACCACGGGGACCGUCAGCUAAAUUCUUAGUGCAGAAUGUUCACACACUGGCUGAAUUGAAGAUGACAGGAAACUGCCUGAGGGGCUCACGGCCCCUUUUGUCUUUUGAUCCAACAUUUGACAAGGAACCACACUAUGCCCUGCUAAAAGAAUUGUUUAUUCAGGUGUUUAGUACACCACAGUAUCACCCCAAAAGCCAGCCUUUUGUAGAUCAUGUUUUCACCUUCACCAUUACAGAUGAGAGGAUCUGGUUUCGGAAUUACCAGAUAAUAGAAGAAGAUGCAUCUCUAGUAGAAAUUGGGCCUCGUUUUGUCCUGAACCUCAUAAAAAUCUUCCAAGGUAGUUUUGGAGGACCAACUCUCUAUGAAAAUCCCCAUUACCAGUCCCCAAAUAUGCAUCGACGACUGGUAAGAUUGUCAGUGGCGGCCAAGUUUAGAGAGAAACAGCAAGUGAAGGAGGUACAAAAGGUUAAGAAAAAAGGGAGUAAGGUGCUCAUUGGAGAAGAUCCCACUGAAGUGGUCUUUGAAACUCCAGCUGAAGAAAAGCCAGUGGAAAUACAGCUUGUGAAACCAGAGUCAAAGCCAAUUGUUAAAGAUAAAAAGAAGCUACGCAAAAUUCAGAGGAAGAAGCAAAAAAAACUUUUCAGAACUGAAGCAUAAGCAUAAAUGUUACAAAUGAUAAAACUAGCUAUAUUGAUAUAAUACUGUAAAUACUUGUUUUUACAGGCAAAACUAAUUGGACUUCAGUUUUAAGUAAAUAAAAUAUAAAUUCCUUUAUU